CUCAAUUCCCAUCAUCCACACUGAAGAUGCGACUGAACUUCAGUUCCCCGCCAACGCCGGCGCUGAGCCGUCAAAAUACCUUCCUCCACCAUGGAACGCACCCACAUCUCCUAACCACCCGACAAAAGCCACGAAGAUGGCCUCUAGUCUUCCGAUUCAUCAAAGGUGCCAUCCACGGCGCUAUCAUCGUCCCCGUACUCUUCCAUGCGCUCUUCACGGCCUUUGUGGUCUGUCUGGACCUAUACAUCUUCGACACCGUCGGAUUACCCAGUAGCAUCAUCCCCUCCCUCUCCAUAGUAGUAGGCCUAAUGCUGGUCUUCCGCAACCAAACCAGCUACAACCGCUUCUGGGACGGCCGCACCAGCCUCACAACCCUAACCACCUGCAUCCGCAACCUAGUCCGCACAACCCUCACAAACGGCUACAAGCCCUCCCAUCCCCUAACCCCCUACGAACGAGAAGACAUAGAGCGCACCAUCCGCAUCCUCGUGGCCAUCCCCUACGCCGUGAAAAACCAUCUACGCGCCGAAUGGGGCGUAGCGUUCAGCGCUUUCUCUGAUGUCGGUGAGGAUGGGGUCGCAGCAUAUAACCCGGACUAUGUGAAUCUGCUCCCCAAAGGACUCGAGGGCCAUGAGAGCGAGGGUCUGGGGUUGCCGUUUCAAUUGAGUUUCUUUGUAGAUGGCUUUAUAAAGAGGGGGGUGGAGAGGGGUUGGUUUCAUGCGCCGGGGGCGAGUCAGAUGCAGGCGCAGUUGAAUUCAUUGAUGGAUGCUGUGGGGAGGAUGGAGAUGAUUCGAUUGACACCGAUUCCUGUGGCGCAUUUGAUUCACCAGAAACAGGUUCUUGCUUUGUUUGGCUGUGUUUUGCCCUUUGGGAUGGUGGAUGAUCUCGGGUGGUGGACUGUUCCGAUAGUCAGUCUUGUUAUUUUUACCUUGUAUGGAAUUGAGGGGAUCGGGUCUCAGCUGGAAGAUCCCUUCGGGUAUGAUCGGAAUGAUAUCAAGAUGGAUGCGAUUGUUGAGGACUUCAAGAUGGAGGUCGACGUGGUGCUAUCGGAGUGGCGGAAGUUGAUGGCGGUUGUGGAUGCCGAGAGACCACGGAGUGAGACUCGAUGCGUUGAAUACCACGACGAACCUGCGGAUAAGUUCCCACCGGAUAUGUUCGUGAGACAUCGGUCUGCGACGGCGAGAGUGUAAUUGUUGCGAAGAGCGGUUUAAUUCAGAGAAGAGUGUAUAUGUCAUUGAACAUAUGUACGUAUAUAUGCAGCCAUGACCUCUAUGUUCA